CACACACAAGUGUUCCGAUAGCGAAACGGCGCCGGUUCCGUUCCGAUGAACAUUUUUGGAGGAAGGUUUUCACGCCUUUUUAUUCUCCUGCCGACUCCGUUUCAACAAAAUGCGGGACGCGCGUUCGCCGCGCCGCGUCCCCGGAGUGCUCUCUUCAGUUGCGGCCGCUUGACUGAAGGGAGAUCCCGGCUCCCUUUUCAUCCCCUGCUCCCUUAGGAACAAGAGGAGUUUGCAUGCAAAAGGUGGUUCAUCUCGGCAAGCCAUGGAGGGACUUGCCUAAAGAGGACCCAACAUAAUUCCCAAUAUUUUGAGACUUUUUUUGUAAUAUCAUAACAUCUUCCAGCACAACCCCACCCCCCUUGUCCUUCGCCAUGGCUGAGAAGCUUGGACCAGCGGGGCCCAAGCCCAGCACCAUCAGAAUCACUCCCUCCCUGGCGCCGGAGCCCAUGGACAUCAUCCGCACCAAAAGCCGCUCUCGCAGAGUCCGCCUUAACGUCGGGGGUCUGAACCACGAGGUGCUGUGGCGGACCCUGGACCGGCUUCCGAGGACCAGACUCGGCAAGCUUCGCGACUGCAACACCCACGAGUCCCUGAUGGAAGUUUGCGACGACUACAGCCUGAACGAAAACGAGUACUUCUUCGACCGGCACCCGGGGGCCUUCACCUCCAUCCUGAACUUCUACCGCACGGGCAAGCUGCACAUGAUGGAGGAGAUGUGCGCCCUGUCCUUCGGCCAGGAGUUGGACUACUGGGGCAUCGACGAGAUCUACCUGGAGUCCUGCUGCCAGGCGCGCUACCACCAGAAGAAGGAGCAGAUGAACGAGGAGCUGCGGCGGGAGGCGGAGACCAUGAGGGAGCGGGAGGGAGAAGGGGAGUUCGACAACACCUGCUGCUCGGACAAGAGGAGGAAGCUGUGGGAUCUCCUGGAGAAGCCCAGCUCCUCCGUGGCUGCCAAGAUCCUAGCCAUCAUAUCCAUAUUCUUCAUUGUCCUCUCCACGAUCGCUUUGUCUCUCAACACCUUGCCUGAGCUCCAGGUCACAGAUGAGUUUGGCCAGGCCAACGACAACCCCCAGCUGGCCCACGUGGAGGCCGUGUGCAUUGCCUGGUUCACAAUGGAGUACCUCCUUCGCUUCCUUUCCUCUCCUAAUAAGUGGAAGUUCUUUAAAGGCCCACUGAAUGUCAUUGACUUACUGGCCAUCUUACCCUAUUAUGUCACCAUCUUCCUGACAGAGUCCAACAAGAGCGUCCUACAGUUCCAAAAUGUGCGACGCGUGGUGCAGAUCUUCAGGAUCAUGAGAAUAUUGAGGAUCCUGAAGCUAGCCAGGCACUCCACGGGGCUCCAGUCUCUAGGGUUCACAUUGAGACGGAGCUACAAUGAACUGGGGCUGCUUAUUUUAUUUCUUGCCAUGGGCAUCAUGAUAUUUUCCAGCUUGGUCUUCUUUGCUGAGAAAGACGAAGAUGCCACGAAAUUCACCAGUAUCCCUGCCUCCUUCUGGUGGGCAACCAUUACAAUGACCACGGUGGGCUAUGGUGAUAUUUACCCACAGACUUUGCUUGGUAAAAUUGUAGGGGGGCUCUGCUGCAUUGCAGGGGUGCUGGUAAUUGCCCUGCCCAUCCCCAUCAUAGUCAACAACUUCUCUGAGUUCUAUAAGGAGCAGAAGAGGCAGGAGAAGGCCAUUAAGAGGAGAGAGGCCCUAGAGAGAGCCAAGAGGAACGGCAGCAUUGUGUCAAUGAACCUAAAAGAUGCCUUUGCCCGCAGUAUGGAGCUAAUGGAUGUGGCGGUAGAGAAAGGGGAGGACAAAACCUCCCUAGAUAACCACCUGACACCUAGCCGCUGGGGUGGCUCAACCAGGCGUGCAGCCUCUGAAACGAACUCCCCGGAUAAAAGAAACCCAGAGUCUCUGCCGCAAAGCUCCCCGCGACACACAACCAUCACCACCACCCGAGGGGUGCAACAGACGAACCGCACCCCGCAGCACCUGAAUGUUCAGAAACUGGAGGAGAUGUACAACCAGAUGACAAAGUCACAGUCCUUCACCAACCUCAACACUACCAGCUCCAUGAGCACCCUCAGCACAACGAUGACUGCCCCCGCCUCCCCGAAGAAAACGCACAGCCCUGAUUCCACAUUAAAAGAAGAGGUGGAGCUGGAGAUGAGGGAGGUCCACAGCUCCUCAGCAGAUAACGUUAGAAGAAAGAGCCUGGAAUCCGCUGGGGACCACCCGUGUCGAAUCCGGCACCCAAGAGCGCCGCCGUAUUUGGAUUUUUGCCACCUGAGGGCCGGCAGUGACCCGAGCUGCCCUGGUGUUAAAGACGGCCUCUAUGAGCCUGUCAACCCAUGCAGCAGGUCACAGUUCCAUAUAGAGGAGGGGGAGAGCUUUACCAGUGCUGUGGAGAAUAUCCAGAGCUCCCUAGGAGGGAAUAACCCUCUUAAGACCAAGAGGGUGAUGGUCAAUUUUGCUGAAACCUCUGCUGAAUGCCCCCUAACACCACCCAGCACCAUGUCUCCCGGAGACAUCAGCUCCAGCAUCCUGGAAGACGACUCCCCAGAAGGAGAGAUGUCACCGCUCAUCCCCAGUUCAGAUGAGCUGCUGCCCAUCUCAGAGGAGGAAACCUGCCCCUUGUCUCCUAAGCCGCUGGUUGUAGACACCCCGCCUGGGGACGAGGACCAGCCCGCGGAGAACAAGGAGGAAAGGCAUCUGAUGGAGGUGGCCGGUGCUGCUGUUGCGCCUGUGUCACCCAAGACAGCAGCACAAAACAGCACCCAGGGCGAGGAGGUCAAGGGUGACAGCAACCAAAGUGGACACAAAGUAGAGAACCACAUGUUUACAUCAGAUAUCCACCUGAUACCCGGAGACGGCAGCCUCUCUCCGACCUGUGAAACCAGCAUGUGACUGCACGGGCUGGGGAGGAGGGGGAGCGAGACGCAACGAUAAGGGGUGCAGUUGUAGCGAAAGGUUUUUUUGCAUGGCAUGACAAGUCCCUUUUACUUGUAUUGUUGUGUAUUGCUGAAAAAGAAUCUGCAGUGCUUUGCGCAGAACUGAGAAUGACUUUUGGGACGAGCAGCAGGUUCGGGGGGAGGAGGCUCUUAAAACACAGAUGGAAUUCAUCGACUUAUGUAGACAUUUAGUCCUCCUGUAUAUAACGAGUCUCCUUUUUUUCUAGCAAAUGAAGAAACAUACAGACUUGUCUGUAAAAAGCAUGCAUUUAACAAAGACAGAUAUUUUACGGUGCUUAGUUUGCUGAAAGCGCUCCACUGUAAAUACUAAGACAUCUAAGACAAUGAUAAUGCACAGGACGGCGGAGGGAACGCGUCACUGGAGGUGCCAGCGUUUGAAACGUGACCAGGCGGAAGCGGCUGUUUGAACUCCAGAGCAUCGUAGCGACCUAUACAAAGGCAAAACAUAUCAUUACUUCUUGUGGACAUGCAAAGUGUUCCCAUGGCGACCCUGUGACGUCAAUGAAAUUUGCUUUGCUGUUUUUGUUUUUUUCCCGUCGAGCGUCCGACCUUCCGUUCCGAGCAGCCAGAUGUUGGGUCUUUGAGUUCAUGAGUUCGGCCGAGGACAGGAACACGCCGGUUCGUCUGAACGGCAAACACCUAUAGUUGCCAAAUACACAUGUAACCAGUAAGAACAGGAGCUAUCACGUACUUCUGCUGUUGAAACUAUUUAUUAAGCUGGACAGAGUUCGAGAGGUUGUCGGUUUCACUCCUUGUUCAGCCUUUUGAUUAAAUUCAAGUCACACAAACACACUAUUUACUCUCAGACGUCAGUAUUUACAUCGAAAAGUAGUAGUAAGAAUAAAUUAAUAAAUACUGUAAGUAGCUCUAGUUGGUUGUAGAAUAACUCUACAGUGAGACAAGCAGAGUUAAGACUAUUAUUAAUAAGUGCAGUACAUCUGAUCAUCAGUACACAUACAGUAUGCUUCACAUUAUAAUUAUCUAGGUUGGCAUUUAGAUAACCACUAAACAAUAUUCCUUGUGAUGUCAAUGGACCAAAUCAAGCACAGUGACGAGCAUCAUCUAUCUCAGCUGCAUAUCAACAUAUAUGAUAAUAACAUAUAUUAAGACAGUAGGUUUGUUUCUUAUGGUCUGUUUACCUGUGUUCAUUGUGCUAUCCUCACCCCCACCCCCCACCCCCCAUGUUGUCAUUGUCAUUUGUUCCAUACUACUGCAAGGUUAUCCAGUCCUGCUGAUAAUUUUAUGGCAUUUCUUUUUUGUAUAUCCCUAGUGUCUUGGACUUUAAUUUAUUGUGUAUUACUGUCAACAAAUCUAUUUUCAGUCGAGCUUAAACCCAAAGGAGUUUUAUUUUCUCAUCUUCUCUCUUGCUUUUGUUUUACACUGACUGAAAAUAUCUGUUCUAUGUUGCCUUUGAUUCCAAUUUUAUUGCUGGAAUACUCUUUUUUUUCUUUCUUUUAUUUGUUUGUUUGUUUGUUUGUUUUUUAAGCGCGACACUUGGCUGAGUGUACUCGAAGUGCGUUUGUGAAAGCCACACAAACCAGAACGGUACAGACGGAAAGUAUGUGGGUGAAUUCUGUGUUUUUCUGAUUAUCAUAAAUAUUAUUUCUAGUAUGUUUCAGUUCUCACAGAGAGGUGUGGAAUGUGCAAUACCACAUACUGCAAUCUAUGCAGGCCAAGAAUUGUGGCACUUUAUUUUCUGUCUAUGGGAAUUUGUAAGUGUACAGACAGAAAUUAUGUGUAUUUUUCAAAUGUUAUAUCUUUAAUAUGAGGCAAAACAGUAUUACAAGUACUCUCGAGAAUCUCACAAACAAUGCAAAUAAUAAUUUGACUUUUCAGUAUUUCAUUUCUUACUAAACAGCUGGCGUAGCGCUUUCAAGCACACCAACGCCAGUUAACAAUGGACCUCAAAUUUGAUGACGUGUGGGAAUAGGGAUCCAAAUUAACCACUUUGGGCCUUUUAUAUUGCUGUUAGAUUGAGAUUAAAUCUAACAGAUGUCUGUGGUGGAUAAUCUAGUGUCAAUGGCCACACACAAAGGAUUUUAUGUUUUUUGUGAAUUAACGUUCAGAAUGAUUCUAUUUUUUCUAAACCAAAAUGGAGCAUGACCACAAUUUCCUGCCAUAUGGUGGUUGAAAUGAUGCGUGCCUUUUCAUAACGCCGCUGUUUAUGAGAAGGUAGCAAGUCAUUUUGCUUUGUUCAUAUAGCACUGUACAGAAAAUUCUAAUUUUAUAGCAGAUAUCAGGUCUUUAUGUAAUAGAUACAAGUAAUGUUAUUGAGUUCUCAGGUUUUCUAUAACUCUCUGAUGUUCCGAUUGGAUAAAUUAUCUGUUUUUCUUUAACAGCUAAUGUCAACUAGUUACUUCUGUACUUUUUGAACGGUGAUGUUGUCAAAUCCACAUUGAUGUCUUUGCUCCCAGAGCAAGGAGCGGCAAUAUUUCUCCCUCCUCCUGGGCAAUCUGUGUAUAUUCAGUAUCCACCCCCAUCAGUCUUCAGUGAGGCAGCACAAACAAAGGGACAGAAGUUGGGCCGUUAGAGCUGAGAAAUAGCCAGAAGCAGAGUGACGGGUCUGGCAGGAAGAGAUCCCUACUGUCUCUUAACCGAUCCAUCUGAUUAUUUCCCAUGCUGACACCACUGAGUGCUCCGAUCCCUACAGCUCCGGAGGCUCUAACCCCACGGCGAGCCCUCAGGAACCGUGAUCGAUGAGUGAAAGGAAGGCUGUGGGAGUAAAGACGAGCAAAAGCGUCCUCCGUUCCAUCAGCUGUGGCCCAUAUUUUCUUCUGUCUGUACAUACUUUAUGCUCACAUUGACGUGAUUUCCCUCAGUAGCCAGGGAUCUGUGCGAGAGCUGGUGGCGCCAUCGUUAUGAAACGAUCGAUCCCUCAUCGGAACGAUUGUCCAGUGCUCUCCAAAGUAAGAGGCGGAGUCAUGGUUGUUGUUUAUGGCUUUCAUUUGUCGUUUUUCUAUAUGAGGGAAGGUUAGAUGAUGACCUUCUUGUUAAAGUUCUUCUUUCGGUCCCUGUACGUUCGACUUGUUUGUAGUGAUCAUGUCUCCGUGUUAGCCUUGAGUUAUCCUUCAUUUUGACAGGUAGGGAAGAGGAACCGGGGAUCUGGAUUGAU